AUGUCACUACCUUCAAAAUAUGCACCAGAAGGAUUGAGCACAUCUGAUCAAAAGAGAACCAUUACGGUUGGUCGCAAUCGACCCAAGAAACCAAUAAACUAUGCCAUCAAAACAAUCGAAGAUAGGAUUGAUGAGGCAGUAAAACAUUCACCAUACAAUAUUGAGGACAAAGAUAAACCAUAUGAAGAUGAUAUUGAAAUGGUACCUAUGGAUGAUUAUAAUGAGGUGGAAAUAAUAUCAGAUUUUGUGAAAGCCAGUAGAAAUAACAAUGAUAUCUUGUAUGAUGAUUCAAUGGAUAUAGUAUCGGAGACUGAGACUAACAAUAUAUUUAAUGAUCUGGGAAAUGUUUCUUAUUUGGUUGUUGAUACUAAUUUUAUACUAUCUCAUUUGAAUGUUGUGAAUGGUUUACAGGAAGUGGCCGAUGAUUAUAGAUUACAAAUUAUAAUACCUAUUACUGUGAUGAAAGAAUUAGAUGGCUUGAAAAAUUCAAACAGAAUAGCCAAUGAAGAGUCUUCAGACAAAAUCUCUAACCAAUCAGUAGGUCAUUUAGCCAGAUGGGCCAACGACUGGAUAUACUCGGCAUUAGCGAAGAAUAGUCCAGUUGUACGGGGACAAAAAUUGAGACAGAGACUAGAUAAAUCUAACACUAAAGAUGAUGCCAUAUUAGAUUGUUGUUUGUAUUUUAAAGAGAAAUAUCAGACAUCUUUGGUGGUGCUACUUUCAAACGAUAAGAACUUUUGCUUAAAGGCUCUUUCAAAUGAUAUUUUAACCGUUAGUUAUCGUAAACAUAUGGAUGUUGAUAUUAUUGCUAAGACAAUAUACACUGAAAAUGUAAGAAGGUUUGGAAAGCUAGAAAUUAACCCAAUAGAAAUAGCUCAGUCGGAUAACCGAAUACCGUAUGAAACGCAUGAGCCGAAAGUCCAAUAUGAGAGUAAUACCUCAUUUGAUGAAGCCUCACGAAAGAUAUUCCAAGAGAUUCAGACUCUCACUCUCUCUGUAACACAUCAUUGCAUGGAAAACAGUUAUGGAGAGGAUAUAGACCUCAUUAGGAACUAUGAUCGCAAUACUGUAACUUCGCUUAAGCAUUGUUCCGAAGUUAUAAUAAGGUUUUGGCUCCCAGUCUUUUCUAAUUACUUUAAAGGAAGUCGUAUAAAACCAUUCGUUGAAGUAGAAGAAGGAAAGAAAUUGAUAAGGCAACCGAUAUUAGUAGAUAUCCCCUUAGAAAAGACGCAACUCAAGGAAUUCAUAGAAUUAUGGUCUGAUAUAUUAUCUACAUUGUAUCUGGCAGAAAUGAAUGAACAGCAAAAUAAUGCUUUAGAACUUCUCAUUAAGAGAUGGAAAUACAGUGCAUCAUUAAUAACCUAA